CUGAGCGGGCGCCGUGUCGCCGAUGGCGGGCAUGGAAGGCGACGAUGCUGGGGCCGCCUUGGAUCACAUCGUCACCCAGUUUAAUACUUACGAGGAUUAUCUGGACUCGCAGAUCACCACGCAGGAUCUGUUUUACUUAGAGAAUGAAGAAAUGGCCCGCCAGCUGGUGGAGCUAGGUUUCCGAGGAAGUGGAGAAGUGCUAAAAAGGGAAGACUUUGUAGCUAGGAAAGUCGCUGCUGAGGCUUCGCGGCUCUCGGAAAGACACCAGCAAAAAACUAUAUCAAGUGCAGGAAAAGAGCUAAAAGACAACUUUCUAAAGGCAUUGGCAGAGAGGGAGGAAGCCAACCGCAGCGGCAAAAUGUCUGUGAGUAAAUUUGAAAUGAAGGUUCUGUACCACAAUUCCAUAAUCUUCAUUCGGGAUCGAAAUGCUCGCGGUCAAGAAGUGUCUGCAUAUAUCGACUAUGCACACCGGUUAAAGGUGGAUGAAUUUGAAGUAUACUUCAAUGGCAAGAAGAAGCUUUUCCCCAGGCGCACUGAUCUAAGUUUCUACAAUUGGGAUAGAAACAUCUGCUGCUUGAAUUCAAGUCCAAAUUACCAAGUGAUUGCAGAAAAUGUGUGUGGUGUGCUCUUCAAGAACAAGUCUGACAGAAAGGUCAUUAAUGUGGACCCUAAGGCUUAUCCAGGGGACAACACGACAAGGACUCCAAUCGAAACAGACCUGUACCUGCAAGUGGUUAUCUAUGAUCAUGUCCUCAGAAGAAAGCUCUAGCCAUCAUUUCUGACGAGGAAUAAAUGCACUGGAAGAAGUCUUGAAUGUGUGUAGCAGAGGUGGAGAGAGGCGGUAGUUUUCCCAAGGACCAGAUGGAUAGGGGCACUGUAGGCUACUAGGGAACAGUCCCCAAAGAGCACACUUUUGCUGUGGUUGCUCAUUCUUCUUUCCUCUAUGCAGAAGAGUGCUUUAAAUCAUUUUAUAGCCCUAAAAUGCAGCUUACCUUUAGAAACUUGUGUUAACUCAGUGUGAGAUUAUCUACCUCUUACUAUGUUUUAAACCACAGGAUACCUUCCACAUUAGGGCUUUGUAAGUGCUAUUAAAGGAAGAGGAAAGGGAUCACACUUCUGAAAAUUUAUGCAGGUUUCAGGGAAUGUAACUCCUAGUAAUGUAGCAAAUGUGUGUGAAUCAAGCAGGGCAACCAGAAUGAUCAAGGGGAUGGAGCGACUCCCUUAUCAGGAAAGGUUGCAGCAUUUGGGGCUUUUUAGUUUAGAGAAAAGGCGGGUCAGAGGAGACAUGAUAGAAGUGUAUAAAAUUAUGCAUGGCAUUGA